AUGAGUAAAUCUUCUAAGUUAUGCCGUAAGACUUCUUGUCCAAGAAGCAACAUAUUCUGCAACCUCAUCGACCGGAUUGUGAAAAGACCCUCCCUGCAGUUCUUGGGUCAGUGGGGCUACCACUGCUAUGAGCCCCGGAUUUACAGGACGCUGGCAAAAAUUCUGAGGUAUGUCGACUUGGACGGGUUUGACGUGCUCCUCACAGAUUAUAUCACGUUUGUGGAGAAAUCAGGAUACCGUUUCGAGCUGAAUUUUAAUCUUGAAUUUACUGAAAUAUGUGUGAAUACGAUUCUGUACUGGGUCUUCGCAAGAAAAGGUAACCCCGACUUUGUGGAACUCCUUCUGAAGAAGACCAAGGACUAUGUUCAAGACCGAAGCUGCAACCUGGCCCUCAUCUGGAGAACGUUCACACCAGUCUACUGCCCCAGCCCGCUGAGUGGCAUCACACCUUUACUCUAUGUAGCUCAGACCAGGCAAUCAAACAUCUUAAAAAUACUCCUCCAGUAUGGGAUCCUGGAGAGAGAGAAGAAGCCUGUGAACAUCGUGCUCACCGUCCUGCUGUACCCUUCCAGAGUGAGGAUCAUGGUUGACCAUGAGUUAGUGGACAUCCGAGAAGACGCCAAAACAUGCCUCGUGCUGUGUUCCAGAGUGCUGCCCGUCAUCCCAGUCAGGGAGAUUGAGGCACAGCUGAGCUUGGGAAGGCGGCCAAUUGUUUCCAAUUGGUUAGAUUACAUUCCUGCAACAAGAUACAAAGAUCCUUGCGAACUCUUACAUCUUUGUAGACUGACGAUCAGAGCCCAGCUCCUAACCAACAAUAUGCUCCCCAAUGGAAUAUUUUCGCUUCUAAUUCCUGUUCGUCUACAGAACUACCUGAAUUUAGAAAGCUAA